AGCUGUCUAAUUUCACCAUAGCCGCAUUAUGCGAACGGUGCUAGUAUAGUGACGUGAUGUUAUAAACUCAUAUGCAGUAUUAGAAACUCGAGAAGCUCACUGCAAAUAAAUGAAAGGAAAGACUGAACAUUUGGAGACCAAAAGGGAGGCAAACCAACACUUCUCUUCUAGUCACCACCACAAUACCAUCCGAUUAGAGAAAGUUACAGUGAAAAAAUGGCGUCGUCGUCGAGCAGUGGACUGACAUUCAAGCUCCACCCACUGGUAAUAGUUAACAUAUCGGAUCACUACACAAGGGUUAAAUCACAGUCGCAACCACCUCACGCCGACACUAGCGACGGCGAAGGUGAGGCGUCGCCUCCGCCGCCCAGGGUCUUCGGCUGUGUUAUUGGUAUUCAGAGGGGACGUACGGUCGAGAUCUUCAACAGUUUCGAGCUUCUGUACGAACCCUCCACUCAUACCCUCGACCGAUCCUUCCUAAUGAAGAAGCAAGAGCUCUAUAAGAAAGUUUUUCCCAAGUUCUAUGUACUUGGAUGGUAUUCCACUGGGAGUGAUGCACAAGAAUCAGAUAUGCACCUUCACAAAGCUUUAAUGGAUAUUAACGAGAGUCCUGUCUAUGUUCUCCUAAAUCCUUCAAUAAAUCAUCCACAAAAGGAUCUCCCAGUGACUAUCUUUGAAAGUGAGUUGCAUGUCAUUGGCGGAAUUCCACGUCUUAUUUUUGUCCGUUCAAGCUACACUAUAGAGACAGUAGAAGCAGAACGGAUCUCAGUUGACCAUGUUGCACAUCUCAAGCCAUCUGAUGGAGGUUCUGCUGGAACACAAUUGUCUGCUCACCUUACGGGCAUACAUAGUGCUAUCAAGAUGCUGAAUAGCAGAGUCAGAGUGCUUCACCACUAUCUUCUUGCUAUGGAGAAAGGUGAUGUUCCUUGUGAUAAUUCGUUGCUUAGACAAGUGUCAAGUCUCUUGAGGAGAUUACCAGCCAUUGAAUCAGGGAAAUUUCAAGAUGAUUUCUUGAUGGAAUACAAUGACAUUUUGUUGAUUACUUACCUGGCCAUGUUCACCAAUUGCUCAAGUACAAUGAAUGAGCUGGUCGACAAAUUCAAUACUGCAUAUGACAGGCAUAGUCGAAGGGGAGGUUCACGAAGUGGUUUUAUCUGACUGCUGCUUUCUUACCAGCCACAGUCCCACACGCUACAUAUUGUGCUUUGGUGGCAGUAGCUCUCUCUUUCUCUCUCUCUCUCUCUCUCACACACACACACAACAACAACAACAACAACAACAUAUUGGGUUUUGGUGGCAGCAACUCUCUCUCUCUCUCUCUCUCUGUGCAUGCAUAGCUCAAAUAUUUGGAAAUGAUAGUGACCUGGACCUUAGACUAGUUAUGAAAAAUAGGAAUCCUAAUAGUUUUUGGUGUUCUGUUCCUUUUGGUUGGCCAAGAUAUAGUUUUAUAUGGGCAUAUACUGUCAUACUUGAGGAUCUUUCUCACACAGUCAUUUUCACAAUUUAAUUUUCUGAUUAUAUUGUAUCUGAUUUUUGGAGAACA